UGGAGAAACCAAAACCCUACAUAAAUUCAACUCUCCGACCAAUAAAAACGUAUCCCUGCCGUAAGAAAAAUAAAUAAAUAAAAAAGGAAAAGAAAAAGAAAGAGAAAAAGGAAACAACCAACAAGAAACGAAAUUUAUUUAGGGGUGCCUGGGUGGCUCAGUCGGUUAAGCAUCUGGCUUUGGCUCACUUCAUGGUCUCUGGGUUCAUGAGGUCCAGACCCCAUCGGGCUCUCUGCCUUCAGCACAGAGCCCCCUUGAGAUCCUCUGUCCCUCCCGCCCCGCUUGUGCUCGCUCUCAAAAUAAAUAAAAACAAAAGAAGUAAACUUCAUUUAUUCCCUCAGCGAGGGCUCAGGAAGAUCUUUCUAGAAAAACCGAGAGGCUGAGGGAAGGGAGAAAUGGCGGCGGGAAAUUACCCGCGUCCCAAAGGUCCCAACCCUUGAGGGAUAUGCAUGCUUGUAUAGAGAAAUCUAUAGUUAGAGGCAUAGCUGCUGUGCAGGAAUGCUUCAGGAUAGGCGGUUACAAUGAGACAAAGAAACAAAUAUUUGAAAAAGAAAAAUUGCAAGAAAAAAAAAGCAGGAGCUUUGUGCACUUUAAGCAGCCUUGAAUGCACUGUGCAGGUCUGUAGCCCUGCACCGAGAUGUAGCUUCGUCACUAAAAUUCUGGAGGCACCGGACUUUCCCAAGGGGCACGUGUGGUUUUAUUUGCAUAGUGCAUCCGAGCACCAGGCACGAUCAGCAACCCCAAGCCCCAGCUCCUGUUCCCGGGUACCCGGGAGUUUGGCGGGCUCUAACUUCAGCAUCUCGCUGAAAAAACUCAGAGUGUGCCACCUCAGAGCUGAUCACAUUCAUUUGAUGACUAUUCCCUGCUUUGUACCGGCUGCUAGGUCCAGAGGUUGGGGGGUGGGGGUGGGGCUGGCCCAAGAGAGAUUGUCCCAACAUUUCUGCCAGGUCUCCAGACCUAGGGUGAGGUCUGUCUCUCACCCUAUGGAAAUAGGCAAACACAAUGCAGCACAGCCCCUUGCUCGGGAGUGGGGGAGACAUGCCGCCAGUUUGGGGGACACGAGCUAAGCUACAACCGAAGCCGCCAGUUCUGGUUACCCAUAGUCCCCUCCGAUGCCUUAGAGCAAGUGCUCCCCACCCCAGCCCUCUUGGCAGGAGCACCCGCCCACUUGGUGCCCAAGCCCAGCCGCAUGCGCACCUCGGCGAGCCCAACCCCCACUAAAGGGUGGUAUAUAUAAAGCGCCUAGCCGGACGCUGAGUAGCUGAACUCGACGGCACGGCAGCGUAGCCACCGCUUCACGUGUGACCCAGCGAUCCAGCAGAUCCAGACGCAGAUCCACACAGGACGGCAGAGGGAUACUAUGGAUCCUUUCAACCAAUUCAAGCGCGAAGUCACGGGCUUCCCCAGCCUGGGAGUCGACGAGGACCGGGAAGAGCUGCGUGAAACCAAGCAAGUGGGGAUGUCGCCUACCAGAGACCAAGCGGCUGAGGAAGCAGGGUCAGAGUUCGCACCUCAGCAGCGGGCGGCAGGCAUACAAAUCAAGAAGGAAGGAGAUAGCCAUGGGGACGACAACCAUGGUGACGGUGACGGCGAGGAGGGGGCUGGCGAUGUGGGCGCUGGAUAUCCGUGGCCCGCGGGUCGCGAAACCCGCGAUGAGAAGCCGGAGGAGCCGAAGCCGGAGGAGCCAAGGCCAGAGGGACAGUUGCCCCCGGCCGUGGCUCCGGGUCCCGCUCGGGGAGGGAGGUGGACGGUGGGUCGCCUCAUCAAGUUCACCCCCCAGCAGAUGCGCCAGCUGGAGAGCUUGUUCCAGAGCACCCACUGUCCCAGCCCCACCACGCGCCAGGAACUUUCGAGAUUCAUGAAUGUGCCUGUAGCCAGAGUGCAGGUUUGGUUUAAGAAUAGGAGGGCCAAGUUGAGAAGACAGCGGAGGGCACUGAGGCUCAGAAACAUGCCCCCCAUGGCCACGGUCCCUCCUCCCAUCAUUAACAUGGGUCAACCCUACCGUAGCAUCUUCAUUCAGCAGCUGAAUUUUGUGUGGAUUUUUCAGGAGCCAAUGAUGCCUGGGCCACCUCGCCCGCCCAGGCCACCCUUUCCUCCUAUGUUCCUGCUUCCUCAACCUUGGUCCUGUCUAGGUUUCCCUCCCUAUGUCUGCCCUCCACCCUUCCUUCCCUAUGGCUACUUUCCACCUUUCCCUCCCUAUGGCCGCCCUCCACUUUUCCUUCCCUUCGGCUGCCCUCUACCUUUCCCUCGCUAUGGCUGUCCUCCUAUGGCCCAUCCUGGUGCGGUACCACCCAUAGCUCUUCUUUAAUUCUUUUCCCAAAGAAUGGGAUCUGUGGAAGUUUUUUUUCCGAGGUGUUUUUGAGCCAGAUUCAAGUUUCUGUAUCUGUCGCCAUAAAGAAUAGUUCAUUCAAUGUGUGCUGAAUGUAUUAAAGAGAAGUCAAAUUCACUGACCCUCUAUUUUAGGGCACUUUUUACAUUUUCAA